AUGGCGGGCCGUGUGUCGCUCUGUCUCCUAAUGCUAAUUUCCUGCUCCCUCAUCCAUCCCACCUCAUCAAUCCGUCGUCAAACGAUGGCCGUUCGCGGGACAUUAAUGUGUGGGCAGAAACCACUCGCCGGAGCGACAAUCAUUCUCAAUGAACAGGAUUCCGGCCCGGAAUUCGACGACAAAAUGGCCGAGGUGAAGACGAAUCAGAAGGGGGAAUUCCGCAUUAAUGGCAGUGAGGUGGAAUUUACGGCAAUUGAGCCGAGGAUUACCGUACUGCACAAAUGCAAUUAUCGAUGGAUCUGCAAACGCGAAACAACGUUCAUCAUCCCCAGAAAAUACAUUAAUCAUGGAAGGAAGAUCACAAAAUGGUUCGAGCUGGGCACGGUGAAUAUGGAGACACAAUUCCCGGGGGAAGACCACAAUUGUUUCCGUAUUUUUGUC